GUGGUGAUGAUCGUAAAUGAUGGUUAGCGAUCGUGAUUGUGAGUGAUGGAUGGUGGUAGUUGAUAAUGUUAGCAGCGACAACGAUUAGCAGUGAUGGAAAGUUGUAUUAAUAAUUCGCAAAUUAGUAUCUUUCCAAGUUUUUAAUUAGUUCGGUCACAUUGUUUUCUAUGUUGUACAGUUCAUCUGGCAAAAUGGAGAUACCAGCCCCUUUGAUUUUAUGUAGUCUCAUUGUUAUCGUGUUGGUUCUACUUCUACCCGAUAUAUCGGUGGCUGAACCAAGAGCUCAGAUAGUCCAGAUCAUAUGUGGAAACGAAACAACAGUUCCCAUCCAAAAUUUUAUCGGUACAAUGGAACUUUUAAGUGAACAAAUGAGAACUAGAGGAUAUGGAGUAGCAGUUACUGGCACAAGCCCAUAUAGUACCUAUGGGCUUGGACAAUGCUAUGGCGAUCUUUCUUUACUCGACUGUGUCUUAUGCUACGCUGAAGCGCGAACCCUGCUUCCUCAGUGCUUCCCUUAUAACGGAGCGCGAAUUUAUAUGGAUGGCUGCUUUAUGCGAGCGGAAAAUUACACGUUUUAUGAUCAGUAUUUAGGUCCAACGGACAGGCAUGUAUGCGGAAACAGAACCACAAAGGGUACGUUGUUCCAACAGAGUGCUAGGCAAGCCGUUCAGCAAGCAGUUGCAAAUGCACCGAGUAAUAAUGGUUAUGCACGUGCUCAAGUGUCCAUGCCAGGGCCUUCAAAUGAGACAGCUUAUGUACUAGCUGAUUGUUGGAAGACGCUGAGUGCUAACUCCUGCGCAGCGUGUUUGCAGAAUGCGUCUGCCUCUAUGUUGGGAUGCUUACCUUGGUCAGAAGGUAGAGCUCUGUACACUGGAUGUUUCAUGAGGUAUUCUGAUACAAAUUAUCUUAACGCUAUUUCGACAAGUGAAGGCUCGUCAUCAAGGGGAAAAAUUGUAGUCAUUUUCAUUGUUGUUAGUUCCGUUAUCGUCUUGGGAGUAGGUGCUUUCAUUGGUAUUGGUGUCUGGAAGAACAAACAAAUGCAGAAGAAGAGAAAAGGUGCAAAUGAUGCUGAGAAACUAGUGAAGAUCCUUCAUGACAUCAGCUUGAACUUCAAGUAUUCGACACUUGACAAAGCCACGGGGUCAUUUGAUGAGGCCAACAAGCUCGGACAAGGUGGAUUUGGAACGGUUUAUAAGGGUAUUUUGGCAGAUGGGAGAGAGAUCGCUGUCAAAAGGCUGUUCUUCAACAACAUACACAGAGCUGCAGAUUUUUAUAACGAGGUUAACAUAGUCAGCAGCUUUCAGCACAAAAAUUUGAUAAGAUUAUUGGGAUGCAGCUGCUCGGGACCCGAAAGCCUUCUUGUAUACGAAUUCCUCCCUAACCAGAGUCUCGAUCGCUUCCUAUUUGACCCUAUCAAAGGUAGAGAUCUGAACUGGGAGAAAAGAUUUGAGAUAAUUAUAGGGACAGCAGAAGGAUUGAUAUACCUGCACGAGAACACAAAGACUCGAAUAAUUCACAGAGAUAUAAAAGCCAGCAAUAUCCUGUUGGACUCGAGGUUCCGUGCAAAGAUUGCUGAUUUUGGGUUGGCCAGGUCAUUCCACGAUGACAAAAGUCACAUAAGCACUGCUCUUGCUGGCACAUUAGGAUAUAUGGCACCAGAAUACUUAGCACGGGGUCAGUUAACGGAAAAGGCAGACGUUUACAGCUUUGGAGUUCUUCUACUAGAGAUUGUUACUGGAAGACAAAGUAACCAGAGAAACAACGCCGUAUAUACAGUCAGCUUGCUUUCCACUGCGUGGGAACAUUUUCAACACGGGACAGUGGAGGAAAUAUUCGAUCCAAAUUUAAUGUUGCAGAACAACCACACCAUCAAUGUGAAACAUGAGGUUACGAGAUUCUUACAUGUCGGACUUUUGUGCACUCAAGAGAUUCCGAUGCUUCGACCAUCCAUGUCUAAGGCAUUACAGAUGUUUGUCAAGAACGACGAAGAGUUGCCUCGUCCUACUAAGCCGCCAUUUGUGGAUGAGAAAACCAUGCAACUUCAUUACCGCUCGCUUGAACAAGGCGAUUCUGCUACAACUGCCAACUUAUCUCACAGUUCUUUUUACCCCAGAUGAUUAUAAAUUAUAGGCAUAAUACAUAGAUAGACGCUUUAAAUAGGCCUCAGUUGCAACUAAAUACUCCAACAUCGAGCCUGCACAUCUAGACACCUCAACUUGUCUCCACGAAACACACUCGGGAUGAGUUGGAGUAUAUCUAGACGUGCAUUCUCAAAGUUAGAGUGCUUACGUUUUAGCUGAGGUCAAGUUUGGGCGUCUGUUUGUGUAUUAUGCCUAAAUUAUAAGCAUCAGUUCGCCUCGUCUUCUUGAGGAAGCUGUUAGAUACAGCAACAACAACCAUGCCUCGGUUCCAAACAAAUUGAGAUCGGCUAUAUGCAUCCUCAUUAAUCCAUUCAGCUCAACUCAUGAUUGAUGUGUGUGUAAAACUGUAAAUACUUGCAUAGAAAGAAAUCUGCAAACAAUGCACAAUGUUUUUCCAAUGCUAAUAUUAAAUAACUCAUGUUGGCAGAUAACUAGCAGUUUCCUGGAAAGCCUUGUAACAACUUUAUAAAGAAGUCUAGCAAUCAAUCUGUGUUUUCA